AUAAACUGUCAAAUAAUACGUAAGAAAUAAAUUUUGAUUUUUAUAUUAAUCUAGUAACGAAAAUGGCUGGGUUAAUUAAAAAUCUAGGCUUCAAGUUAGCAACUGGACUUUCACGUCGGAAUGGUGCAGUUAUUGUUACCAAUUUACGUUUAUAUAGCAACGCAGCUCCAGAACCUAAAAAAGUCGACGAUAGGCCAACUGUAAGAAAACCUAAUGAAGCCACACGUACUCAUUUGACCGAUUUUGGUAAAUAUGUUGCUGAGUGUUUACCAAAGUAUGUACAAAAAGUACAAUUAACAUCGGGUGAUGAACUUGAAGUGUUGAUAGCACCUGAAGGUGUAGUGCCAGUACUACAGUUUCUAAAAGAUCAUCAUAAUGCACAGUUUAGCAAUUUAGUUGACAUUGCUGGCAUGGAUGUACCCUGCAGAAAAUACCGUUUCGAGAUUAUUUAUAAUAUAUUAUCUUUGCGUUACAAUUCACGUAUUCGUGUUAAAACUUAUACUGAUGAAUUGACACCAUUGGACUCCGUCUGUGAUGUAUAUAAAGCUGCAAAUUGGUAUGAACGUGAGAUAUGGGAUAUGUAUGGGGUGUUCUUUGCUAAUCAUCCCGAUUUGCGACGCAUACUUACCGAUUAUGGCUUCGAGGGUCAUCCACAACGCCGAGAUUUUCCAUUAUCCGGUUAUGUCGAGUUACGCUAUGAUGAUGAGAAGAAACGUGUCGUUUGUGAGCCAUUGGAGUUAGCGCAAGAGUUCCGUAAAUUUGAUUUAUCUGCACCAUGGGAGCAAUUUCCAAAUUUCCGUAACGCCAAUCCACCAGCGGAAAUUGUUGACACAAAGAAAAUAGAUAAAAAGUAAAUGAAAUCUUGUGAAUUAAAACAGAUUUGUUAUAUUUUGUUCAAUUUAAAAACGAAUUGUAUAAUAAACCAAAUGAAAGUUAUUAAAUAAAAGAAAUUAA